UUUCACGUAGCUGAUCCACGAGGAAAUCCAUAUGCAACUAUUUUCAACUGGGAUAGUAUGCAUUUUGAUGAAUUUAGAUUGCAUAUUCAAAAGUUCUCUGACCUCUGAGAAAAACGAAUUAGAAAUCACGAGGGCGGCCUUCUUUCUGCUACGCGCUGUCCUACGCGCAUACAAAAGUUUCUGCUGUGGUACUAUGCAAGUGUUGUUGUUAUUAAAAUAUAAUUGUGGAAAUGGAAGACAGACUAAAAACAAAAAAAUUCUGUAUCGUUAGAGGAUGUGAUACAGUAAAAAAAAGUCGUAAUGACAAUAAUAUUAGUUUUCAUAAGCCCAGGAACAAUGAUGAAGAAAAAUAUCGGUGGUGUUUAGCCCUAAAAAUGAAAGAACUUCCUCGUACACCCCUUGUGUGUCAUAAACAUUUUUUGAGCGAUGAUUUUAUACCAGGUAAUGGAUUGAAAAACUAUUUGAAAGUUGGAGUCAUUCCUUCACAAAAUCUCCCUGUUACUCUGAAAACAUCUUUAACAAGAGAUCCUAAACUGCCUAAAACAAGAAAAGAAAGAUUAGAAAGAAGAAACGCUCAAAAGAAAUUAAGAUUAGAGAAAGAACAAGAAAUAGUGGAAGAAAAUUCUAAUCAACGAGAGUAUUCAAAUCUAGUCAGCAGUCCAGUUCAUGUUGUAGAUCAAACUAGUUCUAAUGAACAAACUACAGCAGAAAGAGAUUUUGCAGAUGAUGAAAUCCAAGUCAAUGAUUCAUUCAAUGAACAAUAUGCAGCAGAUCCUAUUAAAAAGGAUCAAAACAUUCAAGUAGAUUAUCAAAAAUCUAUAAUUUCAAGUUUGUGCGACUCGGAUGAGAAUCUCCAAACUUUAACUGGUAUCAAAUCAAACAAACUUCUAAAUAUGCUGAUAGACUGCAUUAGUGAUUUAAGAAAAAAUAAGAAGAAAAAAGCCAACCAAAUUUUAUCAAUUAGAGAGUGUAUUUUGCUGACAUUUGUUAAAUUGUAUCAAAAUAUAGCCUAUCGUGUACUCAGUGUUUAUUUUGGUUUAACAAGUGCAAUGGCCAAAAAGUGUUUUGUACGUACUUUGAAGGAACUGGCACUAGUUUUAAAAAGUGUAUUGAGGUGGCCAAGUUAACAAGAAAUUUUAAGUAACAUGCCUAAGUAUUUUAAUGAUUAUAAAGAAACUAGGAUAGUGCUUGAUUGUCUGGAAAUUCCUGUAAAGAGAUCAAAGUAUUUAAAGUGUAGAUUACUUACUUACUGUAAUUACAAGUCAAGAAACACAAUGAAGUUCAUGAUCGGUACUACUCCUUCAGGUCUUAUUUCAUAUGUAAACAAGGCAUAUGGAGGUAGAGUAUCUGACAAAGCCAUUUUCAAACGUUCUCGCCUCUUGGACCGCAUGAAAAGAGGAAUUGAUGCAAUAAUGGUGGACAAAGGGUUUCUAAUUCAGAAAGAAUGUUCAGAUCUAGGAAUAAAGUUAAUUAGACCACCAUUUUUGAAGAAGAAAUCAAAACUCUCUCAUACAGAAGUUACAAAGGGAUCUGAUAUUUCAGCUGCAAGAGUUCAUGUUGAGAGGCGGAUUCAAAGGAUUCGUAAAUUUGCUAUAAUGCAAGGACCGUUAUCUACAGAAAUAGUACCAUAUAUCAAUAUUAUCAUGACCGUGAUUUGUGGUCUAACUAAUCUGUACUCUCCCAUUCUAGCGGCAGACAAAUUUCUGUAA